UCAGCUCUACACCUUGUUACCUUGGGAAAUAAAGGCGUCCGACGUAUCGAGGGGCGGAAGUCUUCGUGUCCUGUCGGAAAACAUCUAGACAAUGCGGGGCGGAUGUUGUCUAUAACGCGCUGGGAGCGGACCAUUGGCGGGGGGGGGCGGAAGUGGACGGAAAUAGCCGAGUCCGCUGCCGAAAAGUGCCGAGUCCCAGGGGUGGUGUCCCGGUGCGGUUCCACCCCUGAAUCCCCUCCCCCGCUCCCAUAACAACCAGCCCCGCUGCAGCUAAGGAACCGGUUAAUCUGCCGAUUAAUCGGGUUUAAAGGGCCCAAAUGCCCGCAAACUCUUCCUACUUUAACCCGUAGAUGUCUUUAAUAGAUUUAAGACGUCGCAGGGUGACAUGGCCAAUGCAAAGAGCUUGUCUGGUGUUAAUGUGGUGCUGGUUAUGGCCUAUGGCAGCUUGACUGUGAUCCCCUAGCGCUGGGCUUCUCCAACAUCGGGAAAAUUCUUUCGACAUCUAGCCUGUCCAGCCCCCGUCAGGAUUUUAUGCUUCUACGAGAUUCCCCCCCACUUCGUUCUUCUAAAUUCCAGUCUUUGUGCUGUUGUUCAUCUUUGUCAAGCGCCAGAUCAUGAGAUUUGCCAUGAAGUCCAGGCGAGGGCCCCAUGCCCCCAUUGGCCACAACGCACCCAAGGAUCUGAGAGAGGAGAUCGACAGGAGCCUUCUGAAAGUCCAGGAUCUCGACUACGAGCCUCAGCUGCUGGAUGAGGGAGACAUACGCUUACUCCAGCUUCAGGAAACGGGAGCCCAAGGACCCUACAACUACAUAUACCGAAUGAAGGCUCUGGAUGCUAUCAGGCAUGUGGAUCUCCCCACUGGCGAAGGCACCGAUUUUGUCAAAUACCUGACUGGGAAGAGUUUCCGGAAUUUCCUGCUGGAGCUGAGGGAGGGCAACACUCCGUUCAGGGGAGUCCGUAAGAAUCUCAUCGACAAGCUAAUCGAUGGAUACGAGUCAGCGCGCCACGGCACAGCGUUCUUUGGGAAAGCAGAAUAUCUCAAAUAUCAGCAUGCUGUGAAUGAGCUGGCUGCCAUCCUUCAAUCCCAGAAUAACCGGGGCCCAGCACAGCACCAGGCAGCGGCGAAAGAGCUGACCAACCCCCCUGAGAGCACCUCCCCCAGCACCAUCCAGGUCACCUACCUGCCGUCCAACCAGAAGAGCAAGAGACCCAAACACUUCCUGGAGUUGAAGAGCUUCAAAGACAACUAUAACACCCUGGAGAGCACCCUGUGAGGGGCACAGGCUGAUCCCAGUGAGAGCCAAUGCUGACGCCUUGGAGAGCAUGCUGUGAGGGGCACAGACUGAUCCCAGUAUUCCCCGUGAGAGCCAAUGCUGACGCUCUGGAGAGCACACUGAGGGGCACAGCAAGGGUACAAGAGUUGCCACUGCCUUGUGCACGCACGAUGCAAGGGAUCAGAAAUGGCAUAGGCUGAUCCCCAUUGAGAGUCAUCACAGCCUGCCUAGAAUAUCCCCAUUUACUGUUGGGUUAUUUGCAUUAUGCAACUAGUGUUUAUACUGUGUGGGGCAGUGGGUAGAAUUGGUAUCUGAUCUCACUGUAUAACAUUGUGGUGUGGUAUGGUGUGUGGGGGGGGGCGAAGAGAAACAGGUCUGUCACUGUAUCAUGCUGGAGUACAGUCCUGGUGUGUAACAUGGGGGCAUAGUACCAGUAGUGACAGCUCAGCCAUUCAUUCACUUUCAUUGGGUUGAAAUCCUGGAACCUGUUCCCUACCCUUCCCCCUGCUUGCACCCCAGGGUUUCGCUUUCAGCUCUGGUGACCUGUGUUUUCUGCUUUAUCACUUCUCUACAACCAGCUCUCUUCCUGUUUCUGUAACCUCCAAUCACCUUUGUUCUCUAAUUUGCCUGACUCUUCCUCUGUCUUCAGUUCUGAAGAGGUAUCACAGUGGAAUUUCAACUCAGCCACAUUAACCACUGCACUACAGGAACUCUGGUCGAGUUCUGAAGUUUCUCGUUCUGAAAGACCGCGACAACUUAUGGUGUCAAAAAAACAAACCCUCAGCUGCCCCAUUCUUGCCAGCCUGUGGAAACUGCUGGCCUUGGUCCAAUUUUCAUUUUAAAAGUGACAACAGCCACUGUGUACAAGACCAGGCGGAGCUUGUGUGUUUUUGUUUUAUUCACCUGAACUGUAUUAAGCUCAGAUUCCAUUCCGCAAACAAAACUACAUCGAACAGUUUAAACACUGUGCUGGGAGUGCUCAAACACAGAAAUAAUUUAAAUAAAUAGAGGAAUGAACUGAAAUCUUGAA